GACUCGUUUCAAUACUAGUCCAUCUGUGACCUAGGAUGACUCGAUCCAUAACUAGUUAAGUCUGGUUCAAUACGAGCUCGAGCCCACGAGUCGAGCCGCAUCAACAACUCGUGGGCUCGACUGCCGGCCAUAAGUAUAUCCCUAACGCCGGGUGCAAAUUGACAAUCCCUGAGAUUGAUAGGAGCAAUGGAUUGUAGCUGCUCGGGGUCGCAGCCUUCCAAUUCGAAGGAUGGCAGUGCCGGAGCUGCCAAAUUUCUCGUCGGCCUCCCCUCUCGCGGCCUCUUGUCCUCCACCGUUGUUUCUUCCAACCCGGGCAUGAUGCGGGUUUAUGUUUGUGAUCAUGACACAUCACCUCCAGAUGACCAGCUUAUAAAGACGAACCAAAUGAAUAUAUUGAUCAGGUCUCUUAUGCUUAUGAAUCAGAGAACUGAUUCUUGUUCUAAAGAUGGGAAAGGUAUUGAUGAGAAUCAGGGUCUCAGGAAAAGGACUGCUGAGAGACAUUUGGAUGGCAAGGCAUCUAAGAGGGCCAUGUUGAGUACUGAUCUUCAAGUGGGAUCACAAUCUUGUGAGCCUGACAAUCUACAUUUUUUGACCGUAGAGAGACUGCGUGCUCUUCUGAAGGAGAAAGGUCUUCCUGUGAGGGGGAGAAAGGAUGUGUUGAUUUCCCGCUUGAGAGCUGCGAAUGGCUAAGAUGCAACCUAAGCAAUCGAAGUGGCUGAUUGCUCUUCAAUUCUGUUCAACAUUCUGUUUCAGAAAUGUAGGUUUUGAUUAGUGAUAAUAGACACUCGUAUUAUCUUAAAACCACUUCAUUUUGUCUGUUUAUGAAUUGAUCAUAGUACUGUCAUUAACAUGGCGUUUUCUUAGGAUAAUUACAUCUUCCAAUGUAUUCGAAUAGCAAAUGCAGGAUCUCUUGUUUCCACUCA